AUGAAGGCAAUUAAAGGGUGGCGUCUAGGCAGAACAAACUAUACGCAGUCUUUGCCUGGGGGUCGCCACCGUGCUCCAACAAGGAAGCCAGUAUGGAUCAUCGCAGUGGUUUCGCUGAUAACAAUGUUUGUAAUUGGUGCUUACAUGUUCCCUCAUCGCAGCAGAGCUGCUUGUUAUAUUCUUUCAUCUAGAGGAUGCAAAGGACUUACUGAUUGGCUUCCACCCACGCCGAGGGAAUAUUCUGAUGACGAAAUUGCAGCUCGUGUAGUGAUUAGGGAAAUAUUGAGCUCCCCUCGUGUUAUAAAAAAGACUUCUAAGAUGGCAUUUAUGUUCUUAACUCCGGGGACAUUGCCUUUUGAAAAGCUAUGGGACCUCUUUUUCCAGGGUCAUGAGGGGAAAUUCUCUGUUUAUAUCCAUGCAUCAAAGGAUACGCCAGUUCACACCAGUCGUUACUUUCUUAACCGUGAAAUUCGAAGCGAUGAGGUGGUCUGGGGUAGGAUAUCAAUGAUUGACGCCGAGAGACGUUUGUUGACCAAUGCUCUUAAAGAUCCUGAAAAUCAGCAAUUUGUUUUACUCUCUGAUAGUUGUGUGCCACUUCGAAGUUUUGAAUACAUGUACAAUUAUAUGAUGUACAGCAAUGUCAGCUAUGUCGACUGCUUUGACGAUCCUGGUCCACAUGGAAUCGGCAGGCAUAUGGAUCACAUGUUGCCGGAAAUUCCAAAGGAAGAUUUUCGAAAGGGUGCACAGUGGUUUUCCAUGAAGCGGCAGCAUGCUGUAGUAACUAUGGCAGACAGUCUUUACUACUCUAAAUUCCGGGACUACUGUGGGCCAGGUGUAGAGAGCAACAAGAACUGCAUCGCGGAUGAACACUACCUGCCAACAUUCUUCUAUAUGCUUGAUCCUGGUGGCAUUGCUAACUGGACUGUGACAUAUGUUGACUGGUCUGAGGCAAAGUGGCAUCCAAGAACAUAUAUGCCUGAAGAUAUCACACUCGGGUUACUAAAGAACCUCAUGUCCAUUGACGCAGUUUCACGCGUAACAAGUGAGGGAACGGGUGAAGUAACAUACACACAUUGCAUGUGGAACGGAAUCAAAAGACCUUGCUACCUCUUUGGAAGGAAAUUCCACGCAGAUACUCUCGAUAAACUGCUCCACCUCUUCUCAAACUACACAAGCAUUGCAUAG